AUGAAAACAAUAAUAUUCUUAUUGUUGUUUAAAAUUAUAUAUGCCAAUGAUAAGAGUAAAGCAAUAAAGUAUUUUAGUGAUUAUGGAUAUUUAGAUAUUACAAAUGUUAAUGAUAAUACUCAUGUCAGUGAUGAUACAUUUAAAGAAGCAUUAAUGUUAUUUCAGUUAACAUAUAAUCUUGAAAUAAGUGGUGAAUUAAGUGAUGACACUUUAAAUUUUAUGAACAUGCCUAGAUGUGGUGUAAAAGAUGAAUUUGGUAGCUAUAGAACUAGUUUGUAUAGAUGGAAUAAGCAACAUAUCAAAUGGCAUUAUAAAGGUGCUACUGAAAAAGUAUUACAAUUAACUGAUGAAGCAUUUAAAAUAUGGCAAGAUAAAAUAGAUAUUCAGUUUAAACAUGAUAGCAAUAAUCCUGAUAUCUUAAUUACAAAUAAAAGACGUAAACAUAAAUCUGAAAUUGAUAAAAGUAUACAUUGUUCAAAGGAUUUAGAUGGUAAAGGUAAUGUUUUAGGCCAUGCAUUUUUUCCAGAUAUGAAUAAUAAUCCUGUAGAAAUACAUAUGGAUGAUGAUGAAAUAUGGUAUUUAGAGAUGAAUACUAAUACACCAAAAGGACAAACAAAUCUAUUUGAAGUAUUAAUACAUGAGAUUGGUCAUUCAUUAGGUCUACAUGGUUCAAUAAUGUAUGCGUACUAUAAUGGAUCGCAUUUAGAAUUACCUCAAGAUGAUAUUGAUGCUAUUCAAAGUUUAUAUGUUAAACAAUCAACACAACCAACACAAUUAACAAUUAAACCAAUUUCACCACCUAUACAAUCAGAACCUAUAUAA